GGUUAAAAAUCUCAUACGAUAUGACCACACCAAGUCGUUUCUCACUUGUUUUCAUUCUUCUUUCGGUUUUAGUUCAUGCGGAUGCUAAUGGUGGUUUUAGUGUUCAUCUAAUCCAUCGUGAUUUCUCACCUAAUUCACCAUAUUACAAUUCUCUGGAGACACAUCAUGAUCGAGUUCAGACUGCUAUUCGUCGUUCGAUUAGUCGCACUAAUGGCGCAGUCAAAAAAUCAUCAUCGUCAGUGGCAUCAUUCCCUUCUAAUGCUAAUCAAAAUGGUAAUAUAACAACCACUCUAAAUGCAAUUGGUGGUGAUUACUUAAUGAAUAUAUCUAUUGGAACACCUCCUCGUCAGCUACUUGUUUCUACUGAUACUGGUAGUAGUAUUACAUGGGUGCAAUGUAAGCCAUGUCAAGAUUGUUAUGAGCAAAAUGAACCACUCUUUGAUCCAAAAGAAUCGUCAUCUUACAAAAAUAUUCAUUGUAUGACACCAGUAUGUUUCAAACUAGGUAAAUCUAUGGCUUGUGAAAAUAAAUUAUGUAAAUAUGAUAUUGGGUACGGAGAUAAGUCUUCCUCGACAGGUCACCUAGCAUUUGAAACUCUUACAUUUGAUUCAACAAGUGGCAGACCGGUUAAAAUUCCACAGUUUGCAGUAGGUUGUGGUCACAGCAAUGAAGGUUUUAAAGAUGUAUAUUCAAACGGUAUGGUUGGCCUUGGUACUGGUAAACUUUCUUUGAUUAGUCAGUUAGGUGCAAAGAUUGAUUCGAAAUUCUCUUAUUGUUUAGUAGAUGCUGAUAUUGGUUCAAGUAAGUUCAAUUUUGGUAGUCCUGCUGACAUUACAGGAAAAGAUGUUGUUUCAACUCCAUUUAUAACAGUAGAGGAAGGUCUAUAUUAUCUAACACUUCAGGCUGUUAGUGUUAAUGACAAAAGGAUUCCAUUCAAAAGCAAGGAAGAAACCGAUGGACAAGAAGGUAACAUCGCCAUUGAUUCAGGAACAACACUGACGCUUCUUCCAGAAGAAAUGUAUUCGGAUAUCGUAUCCGAAGUUAAGAAAGCAACAAAUAGUGAAGGUUUUAUUAGUUCAGAAACAGGAUUGUUAUGUUUCAAGUCAGAUAAAAAUACAAAGUUUCCAAGCAUUACAUUCCAUUUUAUGGGUGCCGAUAUUAAACUCCAGGAUGGAAAUUCUUUUCUUUCUACCCCGGAUGGUGUUUGUUUAACUUGCCAUUCUGCAGGUGAUGGUUAUGUCCUCUAUGGAAACUUAGCUCAGAUGGAUUUCCUCGUUGAAUAUGAUCUCAAAGACAAGAAGGUUUCUUUCAAGCCAACUGAUUGCAGCAAAAAUAAUUAGGUGAAGUUCACUAACUACAACUACCUAGACCAAUGUUUAUUUAUGUUAUUAUAUUGAAUUUCAGGGUGUUUAAUUUUGGUAAGUUGGAUAAAAUCAAUCAGUAUCUUAAAUGUUUUAUUAGUUUUAUAUUUGUUGAUCUCUCAUGGUACUGUGCU